AACGACUUCACUUCAUUCCUACUCUUUCUCAGUUCUCACUCUCUCCUCCUCCUUAAAUUCGAUUCCUUUCGUUCUCAAUCGGGAAAGUCAUCUCCUUUAGGGCUCUCCCAAGUCAAAAAAAGGAUAUUUUUUUCUCGUCACUGUUCCAAAGAUCUCUCUUUUUGUUUUUAGUAUAUGUAAUAAUCAAAGCUUACUCAUUCCCGUGAUCCUCCGUUAGCAACGUGCCCUCGCCUUUUGAUUUCGCUACAACAUUUCUUAACAAUGUGUAAAGCUUAGUACUUUGAUUUUAAGUUCUCUCGGGUCUGUGAUUCUCGACAAAAAGUCGGAGACUUUAGGUUCAAUGUCGGCUCAACCGCGAGUGGAUUCCGCUGACCGAGAAUUACGGUCAGUUCUUUGUCCCGCCGGCAACAAGCUGCAGCAGAAACAGCCCGUGAAGAAGCCUCUGUCUGAUAACGCGAAAGGCCUAACCUUUACGGCGAAGAAAAUGACUCUAAGCCCUUCGAUUCUGAGGCGAAACGGUGUCUCCAUGAACGCUUCGUAUUCCUCGGAGGCGUCUUCUUCGUGCGAGUCGUCUCCGUUGAGUAUUGCGUCUUCUUCUAGCGGGAAGAGGGCUUUGCGGCGUAGCGGGUCGAACUCUUCGAGUACUCUGAGAAGGAAUCUGACGGAGGAGAGAGGUGAUUGCUUCUCUGAUGGUCGUAGAAGAUGCGCUUGGAUCACUCCCAAGUCUGACCAAUGUUACAUUGCUUUCCACGAUGAAGAGUGGGGAGUUCCUGUCCAUGAUGACAAGAAACUUUUCGAGUUGUUAAGCCUCUCUGGCGCUCUUGCUGAACUAUCCUGGAAAGACAUCCUUUCCAAAAGACAAUCAUUCAGGGAAGUGUUCAUGGACUUUGAUCCAGUUGCAAUAUCUGAACUAACCAACAAAAAGAUAACAUCUCCUGACUCAUUACUAUCAGAGCAGAAGCUACGGUCCAUCCUCGAGAACGCAAACCAAGUUCGCAAGAUAAUAGUUGAGUUUGGAUCUUUUGACAAGUACAUUUGGAACUUCGUUAACCAUAAGCCUACUCAGAGUCGGUUCCGGUACCAACGCCAAGUCCCUGCGAAGACUUCCAAAGCUGAGCUGAUAAGCAAAGACCUUGUUCGCAGAGGCUUUAGAAGUGUUAGUCCAACUGUUAUCUACUCCUUCAUGCAAACAGCUGGUCUCACUAACGACCAUCUCACUAGCUGCUUCAGACACCACGAGUGCAUGCCGAAGGACGAAGCCUAGUUUAACAUUGUGCUGCUUAGUUUGUUGUUAUGUGUUUGCAUGUGUACAUGUGUUUUGUUGUCAAACUAGGAGUAGUUUCUUGAUUAUGUGAGAUUGCUUUGAAUAACGAUUACUUCAUGUUACAUAUAAUAUAUUCUACUCUCUUCGUCUCA